CAACUUGGGCGGAACCCGAAGCCUUUUACUCCCACCCCAGAGUUAUUAGACGGCUGAUGCUGCUCCUGCAAGUGCUGUCUUCCAAAUGCGCAAUUGCAAUAUCUACAUCCCAGAGAGCAUUCUUGAGGAAGUCCGCUGUCAACACCUCUUUUACCACCUCCUUUCAACUUUCUUGCCGCACAGUCAAAACCAGGAUCACCCCAUUAAGUUCUAUGUACUCAGAGGCGAUGGAAUCUGAGUCUUAUUAUACAUUUGGACCGUAUAAGAUCAACCAGCGAGAAGUAUUUUACUCCACUGAUCUGUCCUAUGCUAUGGUUAACCUUCGGCCUCUUAUGCCUGGUCAUGUCCUUGUUUGCCCAAGGCGUGAAGUCAAACGUUUUGUUGAUCUCACCGACAAUGAGACAAGUGAUCUGUGGCUCACUGCACAGAAGGUUGGUAGUAAGCUUGAGCAUCAUCACAAAGCAUCUUCGCUUACAUUUGCAAUCCAAGAUGGGCCUCAAGCAGGACAGACUGUACCUCAUGUCCACAUACAUAUUAUCCCACGAAAAGACGGUGACUUCGAGAAAAAUGAUGAAAUAUAUGAUGCUAUAGAUCUGAAGGAAAAGGAAUUGAAGCAGACACUUGACUUAGAUAAGGAAAGGAAGGACCGGACCCUCGAGGAAAUGGCUCAAGAGGCGGAUGAAUAUAGGAUGCUUUUCUUGUAGAACCACAGAGCAUAGAGCCAUAGAGUUCUCAUUUCGCUUUCCUCUGAUCAGCCUCUACUAUUUCUCUGGAGUAAUACAAAACAAAUAUCUGUUUAUUUAAGUUAAUUAUUAACUUUCCUCAGGUGUAUAGACUUGCAUAUGGCUUCCCAUAUUUUGAUCUGAAUGGAAGGUAUGAUGCUUAUCUAUGGA